UAUGGGAACAGAAUUGCGGGCCUUGGCAAACACGAUUUGGAUUUCAUCAGAGUUAGGAAUUAUUGUAUUUCUCAAGAUAGCCCAUGUGCGCUUCUGCUCAGAAACUGGAUAAGUUGCUUAGCUUUAAAAACAGCUCGAAGAACGGGAAAAUGUCUGCUAGUUUCUCACUUCGCAUGUAUCACACGUCGUGCCCGUGACACUGAUUCGGCUGCGACUGUCUUUCCAGCGGAACUCCCGCCGCCGUACACAGCCAUCGCCAGCCCGGAUGCCAGUGGCGUCCCAGCAGUCAACUGCCGAGUGUGCCAGUCUCUCAUCGGCCUGGAUGGCAAGCUGCACCAGCACGUGGUCAAGUGCACGGUCUGCAACGAAGCGACGCCGAUCAAAAAUCCCCCAGCAGGGAAGAAGUAUGUCAGAUGCCCUUGUAACUGUCUCCUCAUUUGUAAGGACACCUCUCGACGAAUAGGAUGUCCGAGACCCAACUGUAGACGCAUAAUUAACCUCGGCCCAGUAAUGCCUGUCUCUGAAGAGCAGCCUGCCCAACCUGCACUGCCAGUCCAGCCAGAAGGUACAAGGGUUGUGUGUGGGCACUGUGGAAACACAUUCCUGUGGAUGGAACUGAGGUUCAACACUCUGGCAAAAUGCCCACACUGCAAAAAAAUUUUUAGGGACUACCGAUUCAUUCCCCGGAAACCAUCACAGAACGUGCAGGGGAAGGCUCCCCAGGGCUCCGGAGGCCAAGGAGCCUUUUUCCAUCUUCCUGGUGCUCGUUCAGCUGCUGGGCUGUUGCCGCUGGUGGCAAGGUUCCUCUUUCAGUUGGGCAGCACAUGGUUACUGUUGCACAGAGGGUGUAGUCCUGGCAAUCUGAAAUACAAGUCGGAUUACAUUUCCAUGCAAAUGUUACAAUGGACCUCAGACUAGUCGAGUUGGUGAUGGACUCCAUGAUAGUUAUCGCUGAAUAUUAUUUCUCUACAUCACUGAUGUGCUUCAUGUAUUGCCUCCUGCCAUUUGAAACAAUAGUUGACUCUCACUCUUUUAUUUUGCUGUUUAGUGCUUUCUUUUAUAAUUAUUCAUGAAUUCAACAAACAGUGCUGUUCUUGUUACCAGGUGCUUGAAAUAAAAGAUGAAACCUUG